AAUAUCUCCAGCUUCCUCCGUCAGAUCGGCCUUGACCAUCGGCAACAGAUCAGACUCAAUUUUGUUACGUUGAGAUCAGUGAAGAGAGAAUAAAGAAGAUGAACAAGUUAAAUAGUUUUCGGUUGAUUUCUCUAUCAUCGUGCGUAGUGUUGUGUUUCACUCUUAAAGCCUAACGGUUUUCUGUUGUUGGGCUUGGUUUUCAUUUUCAGGCAUCAUAAGUGAGUGAUGAGUGUUGAUGGGUCGUCGUUGGAUUGAGUUUGAUAAGCAAUGGUUGAUCAAAGAAGAAGCGCAUUGGGUUUUGUCUUCUUGUGUUUGGUACUGCUCUUCGACUCUGUUGUUGUUGGUCAAACACGGGCUCGAUUCAGUGAGAAACUCAUUUUGCUUAAUCUCAGGUCUUCUUUAGGGUUAAGAGGAACAGAUUGGCCAAUUAAAGGUGACCCUUGUGUUGUUUGGAGAGGUAUACAAUGUGAGAAUGGUAGUGUUAUUGGGAUCAACAUUUCUGGGUUUAGGAGAACAAGAAUUGGUAAGCAAAACCCACAAUUCGCUGUUGAUCCUCUUCGUAAUUUAACUCGUUUGGCGUAUUUUAACACCUCGGGAUUAGCUUUACCGGGGACUAUUCCUGAGUGGUUUGGUGUUAGUUUGUUGGCAUUGCAAGUGUUGGAUCUUAGUUCUUGCUCUAUUAGUGGUGUUGUUCCUUUUACUCUUGGUAAUCUCACUAGUUUAAGGACUUUGAAUCUGUCUCAGAAUAGUCUUACAAGUUUGGUUCCUAACAGUUUAGGACAGUUGUCGAAUUUAUCAGAGCUUGAUCUCUCUAGGAAUUCACUCACUGGAGUUCUUCCUCAAUCUUUUAGCUCUCUGAAGAAUCUGUUGACUCUUGAUGUUUCUUCCAAUUACCUUACUGGACCAAUCCCUCCUGGUUUAGGAAUGUUAUCGAAGCUUCUUCAUUUGAAUUUUUCAAGCAAUAGUUUCUCGUCUCCGAUUCCUCCAGAGCUUGGUGAUCUAGUCAAUCUGGUUGACUUUGAUCUCAGUAUCAAUUCAUUGUCUGGUUCAGUUCCUCAGGAGUUGAGAAAGUUAAGGAAUUUGCAGCUAAUGGCGAUUGGCGAUAACCUUUUGAGUGGUACUUUACCAGUAGAUUUGUUUAGUGCUGAGAGUCAACUGCAAACUUUAGUUUUGAGGGAAAAUGGUUUCUCCGGUAGUCUACCGGAUGCAUGUUGGUCAUUGCCGAAAUUGCGGAUUCUUGAUAUUGCUAAGAAUAACUUCACAGGAAUGCUGCCAAAUUCUAGUUCUGUUCCAGACCAGUUAGCUGAGAUGGUUGAUAUCUCUUCGAACACAUUCUAUGGAGAGCUCACACCGGUUCUUAGAAGGUUCAGGGAAGUGGACCUCUCUGGUAACUAUUUCGAGGGUAAGGUUCCGGAUUAUGUGACCGGGGAAAAUGUGUCUGUUACUAGCAAUUGCCUUCGAAAUGAGAGGAGACAGAAGCCAUCAGCAAUAUGUGCAGCAUUCUAUAAAUCUAGAGGAUUAGAUUUUGAUGAUUUCGGACGUCCUAAUUCUACACAACCGACAUCGAAAAAUGCUUCUUCAGGGAUAAGCCGCAGGACAGUAAUUAUAUUGGCAGUGGCUGGUGGAGUUGGUUUUAUUCUGAUUUUUGUUAUCUUGCCAAUUAUUCUGGUUCUAUGCAUACGCCAUAGACGCAGAGCAGCUCAAAGAGGAAAUAACGACAGGCCUAAGCCUGCUGGGGAAGCUUCACAACAACCACCUAAAGGAGCACAGACAUUUGAUUUGUCGCGUCUUGGAAAUGCAUUUUCAUAUGAACAGCUUCUCCAAGCAACAGAGGAAUUCAAUGAUGCUAAUCUGAUAAAACAUGGCCAUUCUGGGAAUUUGUUUCGUGGUUUCUUGGAAAAUGGUAUACCCGUUGUUAUAAAAAAGAUCGAUGUGCGGGAAAGUAAAAGUGAAGGAUAUAUAUCAGAACUUGAGUUGUUUAGUAAGGCUGGACACCAGAGGCUGGUUCCCUUUCUGGGACACUGCCUGGAGAAUGAGAGCCAAAAGUUCCUGGUCUACAAGUUUAUGAGACACGGUGAUUUGGCUAGCUCUUUGUUCAGGAAAUCCGAAAACGAAGGUGAUGGAUUGAAGUCUUUGGAUUGGAUAACAAGGUUGAAAAUUGCUCUUGGUGCAGCAGAGGGACUAUCUUAUUUGCAUCACGAGUGUUCGCCACCUCUAGUUCAUAGGGAUGUACAAGCAAGUAGCAUACUUCUUGAUGAUAAAUUUGAGGUACGGCUAGGAAGCCUAAGCGAGGUAUAUGCUCAAGGUGAUGCUUACCAAAGCAGGAUUUCUCGUUUACUUCGGUUACCACAAUCGACUGAACCUUCCUCUUCGGGUGCAACAAAUGCAACAUGUUCCUAUGAUGUCUACUGCUUCGGCAAAGUGUUACUUGAGCUAGUAACAGGGAAGCUCGGGAUCAGUUCACCAGACAACGCACUGGCAAAAGAGUACAUGGAAGAAGCUUUGCCAUACAUCAAUACUAAUGAGAAGGAACUAGUAACCAAGAUCUUAGACCCGUCAUUAAUGGUGGACGAAGACCUUCUAGAAGAAGUAUGGGCAAUGGCUAUCAUUGCAAAGUCAUGCCUAAACCCAAAACCAACAAGAAGACCAUUAAUGAGACACAUAGUUAACGCACUUGAGAACCCACUGAAAGUAGUAAGAGAAGAUACCAACUCGGGUUCAGGCUCUUCCCGGUUGAGAACAAACUCGUCAAGAGGGUCUUGGAACGCUGCUAUAUUUGGGAGCUGGAGGCAGAGCGCAUCGGAUGUAACAGCGGUUCAAGCGGGAGCAACAACAAGUGGUGGUGGUGGUGGUGGUGGUAAUGGUUUGAGGAACUCAGGGUCAUCGUCAAGCGGAAGAAACAAUAACAACAACGGGAAUUCAUCGUCAAGAAGACGGCAAUCUAGUGAGAUUGUACCGGAACCUGCUGCUUAUGGAGUAGUAGAGGAUAAUUUAUGAUUCGUUUCAUCGAUUCUUUUGUGUCGAUAAUAACAGAGGCAAAGAAAGUCCUCAAGGUAGC